AUGAGAACAUUGCUGGUCGCUUUACGCUACUGUUAUCUUGAGAAUAAACUUUUGCAGUUGUUUGGGCACCUCUCCACUGUGCAGCAUCUACGACCGCGAAACAUACAAGGAAGGCCAUUGCAUAUCAUACACAAGAGCAUGCAAACACUGACCUUCCUUGCAAUGCCAACGAGAACAAAAACACACCAAAUAAGCUACAAUAAAAAAACCUACGGUCCAGUAAUAAAGCCAAGAUAG